CGGCGCUGCGCUAGCGUCAUAUGGGCGCGACUUGCGCCGGUGUCGCUGCUUUCAACGCUGCCGCCUGGGACGGGACCCCGGAGACCAUGUGUCAGGUGGGCGAGGACUACGGGGAGCCGGCAACCGAGGAGCCGCCGCCGCCAGCGCCACGGCCUGGCCGUGAACACAAGUGUGUGAAGUGCAAGGAAGGCCCCCCGGUGGUGGUGAUCCGAGCAGGAGAUGCCUUCUGCAGGGAUUGUUUCAAGGCCUUUUAUGUCCACAAGUUCAGGGCCAUGCUGGGGAAGAACCGGCUCAUCUUCCCGGGCGAGAAGGUGCUCCUGGCAUGGUCGGGGGGGCCUUCGUCCAGCUCCAUGGUCUGGCAGGUCCUCGAGGGCCUGAGUCAAGAUUCUGCGAAAAGACUGCGCUUCGUGCCAGGAGUCAUCCACAUUGACGAGGGAGCAGCCUGUGGCCAGAGUGCAGAGGACAGGGCAAAGACGCUGGCCCAAGUGAAGCAGGUCCUGCAAACCGUCGGAUUCCCGUGGCACUUAGUCGCCUUAGAGGAGGUGUUCGGCCUGCCGCCGUCCGUGCUGAGCUGCCCCGUCCCGGAGCCGGCGGGGGCCGAGGGGGCCUACAAGGCGGCCGUGGACAGUUUCCUCCGGCAGCAGCAGGUGCCUCAGGCUGAGGGCGCCCAGGACGGCUCCAGCCCGGCCCAGGAGCAGGGGCAGCUGUGCCAGCCCCACGUGCAGAACCCCCCGGGCCCGGCAGGGUCACCCACAGCUGCCCAGACUGAGGCUCUGUCCAGACUGUUCCACUCGGUGAAGACGCUGACGGCCAAGGAGGAGCUUCUGCAGACCCUGCGGACCCACCUGAUCCUGCACGUGGCCCGAGCCCACGGCUACUCCAAGGUGAUGACCGGGGAGAGCUGCACCCGCCUGGCCGUCAAGCUCAUGACCAACCUGGCACUGGGGAGAGGGGCCUUCCUGGCCUGGGACACGGGCUUCUCCGACGAGCGGCACGGGGACGUGGUGCUGGUGCGGCCCAUGCGGGACCACACCCUGAAGGAAGUCGCCUUCUACAACCGCCUGUUCGCCGUCCCUUCCGUCUGCACGCCGGCCAUCGACACCAAGGCCCCCGAGAAGGCCAGCAUCCACCGGCUGAUGGAAGCCUUCCUCCUGCGGCUGCAGACCCAGUUCCCCUCCACCGUCAGCACCGUGUACAGGACGAGCGAGAAGCUGGCCAAGGUGCCCAGGGACGGCCGUGCUGCUGGACCCCGCUGCCUCCUCUGCAUGUGCACGCUGGACGUCGACGCUGCGGACAGUGCCACGGCCUUUGGGGCUCAGACUUCGUCGCAGCUCUUCCAGACGCAGCCGGCCCCUGCCCUGCCUGAGGCCGGGGCCCCCCCGGCACCCUGCUGCGUUCCCGGGGUGGGCAGGGCCCAGGACUGCUGCAGGGCGGCCUGCGGGAGGGAGGAGCCCCGAGCCUGCGUCAUCGAGCAGCUGUGCUACGGCUGCCGUGUGAACAUGAAGGACUUGCCCUCCCUGGAGCCCCUGCCCCCCUACAUCCUGGCCGAGGCCCAGCUCCGCAGCCAGAGGUACCAGCGCCCCUCCCGGGAGCCCCUUCUGGGCGGGAGCUCCCAGGGCCCGGUCCCAACGGGCCGCCUUCCCCCCAAAACCCCGGGCCCCCAAGAAGGCCAAGAAGAACCGAACCGGGAAAACCAACGGGAAGCCCCCGAAAACCGAACCCCCAAGACAAGGCACAGCAGGCACUCGCCCCAGGGGAGGCAGGGUGGGGGCCCCCCUGCGCUUGUCUGUAUAAAUAAAAAUGUUUUUAAUUAG